UUGAGGCAAAUAUAGUCGGUCGGUUGGUUGGUCUUCUUUCACUACAUAAUCCAACUCCACUUGCCACAUUGCCUCAUUCCGAGAACAACUCUGGCAUUACGUGGUGGAUGCAGAUAGAUUUCAAUUCGAGGUUAAAAAAUACAGAGUGAGAAUUUUUAUGGAAAAUGAAAUAAGAGAAGAAAGUUAGAUAAGAUAAGAGUGAAAUUGUUGAGUUUCAGUUUUUGGGAAAUUUUGGAUUUGGUAAAAAAGUUAAAAGUUAAAAAAGUGAGACGAAGAGUAAAAUAUUGUAACGUUUUUGUGGAGUGGACUUGUAAAAUAGUUACGAAAGAGAGUUAAUUUCGAAAGAAAUUUGAUAUUUUGAACAAGUUUGUUGAACUUGGUGGUGAAGAAUUUUCGGAAAUAUUGCUGAUUGUUAAAGAAAGGAUUGAUAAUUAAGAAAGUUUGUUUUGAGACAAAGAAAUUGAGAGAAAGUUGAAAUUUUCUCAAAGUGCCCCAAAAGUGAGAUUCUCCUCAGUUUCUCAAAAACGGUGAAAGUUUGAGUUUUGAAGGGGUGAAAAUCACUUUAAGAAAACGAGGACAAGGUUUUUCAAGAAAAAUUAAGAAAAAACUGGGUGAAAACAUGCCUCGUAUUUUUAAAUGCGUCGUAAAAUCUACAUAAUUUUCUCCAAAAGAAUGUUUACAUACCGAUAAAUAAAAGUGUGUGAAACAAAAGAUAACGUGUUAUCCACCCUGCCUCCCACCCACGGAGAGAAGGUAACCUAGAUGCGAUUACAUUUCUCCGGUGGAGAGAGAAAGUCCGGAAAUUGGGUGAAUUUUGUGGCUACCAUGCGAAGAAAGUCGUCUCAUCUCUUCGGGGAGAAAUAAUAAUACCCGGAUUGUACCCACUAUUCUACUACCCGGAUACCUUUCCUACCCGGUCUUUUCGGGGAUGAUAAUGUUUCCCCCACAAUUUUAACUUCCCUCAGAAACAUAAAGUGCGUUUUUUCAAAAAACUCAAAAAUCAUGAGCUCCUACCAAUUCGUAAACUCUCUCGCCGCCUGUUACAACACUUCCGGCGGGGUUGGUGGCGGGGGUACUGGAAACCCGGGCAAUCCCCGCGGCGGGGGCCCCAUCCUUGACCCCUCUGUCGCCGCUGCCGCCGAAUAUUACGGCGGGGGCGGGGGAGGAAAUGGCGGGACUGGAUAUUCGAACUGUUACUCCCCCCAAAUUCCCCCAGGUCCCGGUCCCGGGGGAAAUUAUUACGGGGGAAGUGGGGGUACCGUAUCUCCCCCAGUGAUGAACGGGGUGGAUUUCCGCAGCGGGGUGGUCAGUCCGUUGGGUGCGGCGGCGUCCUGUAAAUAUGCGAGCGGACCCGUGAAUAAUAACAACUUGCCGGGCACCCAAAAUCAGAAUGUGGGCGGUGUCGGCGGCGGCCCCCUGCAAGAAGCGAGUUUGGCGUCCCCACAAGAUUUGACAACCGGAUCGGGCGCAAGUUCGGGGGGGAGUUCGUGUUCCACGCCGCAUCGAAGUCCGAUCGCGGGCGGAGGAGGAAAAGUCAAUUCUCAGUCGAAUAAUAAUUCUUCCUCGAAUUCCGCGACGAGUCCGCAGGGUGGAGGGGGAGGAGGGGGAGGGGGGAGUGGAGGGUCGAAGGGGAAUCCUCCACAGAUCUAUCCAUGGAUGAAGAGGGUGCAUCUAGGCCAAAGAAGUACAGUAAACGCGAACGGAGAGACGAAACGUCAACGGACGUCCUACACGCGCUACCAGACGCUCGAGUUGGAGAAGGAGUUUCACUUCAACCGCUACCUCACGCGCCGGCGCCGCAUCGAAAUCGCGCACGCGCUCUGUCUCACAGAACGACAAAUCAAAAUCUGGUUCCAAAAUCGACGCAUGAAGUGGAAAAAGGAGCACAAAAUGGCCACAAUGAAUGCCCUUCCGCACCAUCACGGCAUGGGGCCGCCCCACCACAUGCAGCACAUGGCCGCCCUGGCCGCCGCUCACCACCACCACCCACACCACCUCGGCCAUUUGGGGGACAUGAAAGGAUGAGGGUUAGGAAUGCCCUGUUCCGACUACAAUUUCGCCGCAGCCGCCGCCGCGCUCCAACAACAAGUCGUCGCUCAACAACAACAACAGCAACACCACCACCAACAACAACAGCAACCACAGUAUGAAGACUUCCAACAACCACAACAGCAAAAUUUCUAAAGUGUCUACAGAAUUUUCGAAAAAAAUUUC